CGCACUUCCAAAGCUUCCAAAGCUACUCGCUGAGCUCACUAUUGCAGAUUCUUACAACAGAGUUUGUUCCAUUUCUACUUUCAAAUUCCAUGGCAAAACCUUAGCCAUAGUUAUAAGGAUAGCCCUGAAAAUGCUUCAAACUCACAUUAACAUUUUCACACCCUUCACCGCCGCACUCCACUCAAAGCAAUUCCGUUCCUUGCGUGUCUGUUCCUCCUCUGCUCCGGUACGCCGUCGUGUUGCAACCACCACAACUCCUGGCGAGGCCAAUCUCCGGCGCCUCACUUCGCGCAUUGUUCAACUCACCCGCCGGAAACAGCUUCGGCAGAUUUUGGAUGAGAUUGAGGUUGCGAAGAGGCAGUUCGGGAAGCUGAACACGAUUGUGAUGAACGCGGUGCUGGAGGCCUGUGUCCGUUGCGGUGAUAUCGAUUCAGCGAUUAGGGUAUUCGUAGAGAUGAAAAAGGGCGAUGGUUGUGGUGUGGAUACUGUCACCUAUGCCACACUUUUGAAGGGGUUAGGUGAGGCACGGAGGGUCGACGAGGCUUUUGAAAUGCUUGAAACUGUAGAAAAUGGCACUGCCAUGGGAAGUCCAAACAUGUCAGCUCCAUUGAUAUUUGGUCUGCUAAAUGCCUUAAUCAAAGCAGGAGACUUGCGACGUGCACAUGGUCUCCUUGCCCGAUAUGGUUUUGUGUUUCAAGAAGGUGGCAAAUUUUCAGUAUCAGUAUACAACAUACUAAUUAAGGGCUACGUAAACUCAGGUUAUCCGCACACUGCAAUAAACAUGCUGAAUGAAAUUUUACGUCAAGGUAUAAUGCCAGACAGGCUCACAUAUAACACACUAAUUCUAGCAUGCGUUGAGAGUGGAAAGUUGGACACUGCAAUGCAAUUUUUUGAGGAAAUGAAGGGAAGAGCACAGAAAUUUGUCAAUGAUGAUAUGUUUCCAGAUAUUGUUACAUAUACGACAUUGCUUAAGGGUUUUGGGAUGGCAAAGGAUCUUACUUCAGUUCUAAAAAUAGUUCUUGAAAUGAAAUCUCGUUCAGAAUUAUACAUUGAUAGAACUGCUUACACUGCUAUAGUUGAUGCUUUUCUAACAUGUGGCUCAGUUAAAGGUGCUCUUUGUGUUUUUGGAGAAAUAUUGAAGCAGGCUGGUUUGAAUCCAGAGUUGAGGCCAAAGCCUCACCUCUAUCUAUCCAUGAUGCGUGCCUUCGCUUUUCUAGGAGAUUAUGAUCUAGUUAAAAUUUUGCAUAGACGGAUUUGGCCAGAUUCAUCAGGAAACAUAUUAUUAGUAGCUCAAGAAGAAGCUGAUCACCUUCUAAUGGAAGCAGCACUGAAUGCUGGCCAGAUCAAUGUUGCCAUUAAAACACUUGCUGAGAUAAUUUCAAGAUGGAAGGGCAUAUCCUGGACAAGUCGUGGGGGCAUGGUAGCUUAUCGCAUUGAGGCCGUGUUGGGAUUCUCAAAGUCUUUGUUCAGUCCCUACUUACUUCCUCAGGUUUUACCUUCUCAACCGAUUGAGAACUAUAUGAUACGAUUUGAUGCGACACGGCCACUACAAGGUACCAUAAAGCUGAGGAAGGUAGUUAUGCGUUUCUUUGAUGAAGCAGUUGUUCCUAUUGUGGAUGAGUGGGGUAGCUGUAUAGGGCUGUUACACCGUGAAGAUUGCAAGCAGUUGGAUGCCCCACUUUCAACUAUGAUGAGAAGCCCUCCUCCCAGUGUUACGAGUUCAACAUCUGUUGGUCAUGUAGUUGAUUUAAUUUUAGCGAAGCGAUACCCUAUGGUUGUCAUUGUAAAUUACACGAACUCAUUUGCUACUCCUCCAUAUAACUCUAGAGCAGUUGGAGUUUUUACACCAGAGCAAUUAAGUAGGUUUAUCUCACCAGUAUCUCGAGUAAAAUGGACAGACCUUUGUGAAAGGUAAAUAUAACAUGUUUAGCUUUUACGAAAAAAUCUGAUUUAAAUAAGUUUUUUAGUACAAGUACAUA